AUGUCGAAUGGAGGGGCCGUACCCGGUGUAUGGCGUAGAGCGGGCGGUGUAACUGGCUCGUCCACUUCGAAUGCACCCACUCAUCAUCAUCCUGCCCCCUCUCAUGGCCGUGGAAGUGGACGAGGUGGGGCCGCAACCGCACGAGCAAGCGGAGCAGCACGCGGUGCAUACUCCGCGUCCAUCUCGAGCCAGGGGUUCACCACCGCCCGAGCAUCGAUAGGGAGGAAGGUCGAUCCGAUGGAGUUGCUGCAGAGUCCGAGUCGAGGGUUGAAUGGGCAGGCCGACGGCGUAGAGAGGUGAGCGAUCGCAGUCUGAGGGGAUACCGUAAUUUGGGGGCUGACUUUUGGACGAUCUGUUGGGUGUACUAGUCUUCAAGAUCCUUCGACCCAAGAAAACUUUUACGACUGGAUCCGAGCCAAGAUUGGCAAAUUCGAUACGACCUGGGACGCCGGAACUUCUUCCUCGGGCAACUCAAAGCCGCCCCACCUCUCCCCGAAGGCGCAACAAGAGCUGGGCAUCAUCCUCUUGGAUCUGAGAAAGCUGCGUGAAGGGUUGACGUGUUUGAGGAGGAACGAUGCGUUUGCUCUCAAAGGUAUGUUCCCGAUUGACAAAUUCGAUCUGGGAACCCUUCCCCUAAGAUUCCAUUUUCGUUUCCUCAGUGUACGAAACCUCGGUCCUCCUCUCCCUUCGAGGAUCCAACUGGUCCGUCGUCGGCACAUGUCUCCCUUCCCUCGUAUCGAUGCUCUCUCAACCACAACACCAACCCAAACCCACCUCACCCGAUUCCCUCUCCCUUUCGACCCUAUCGCUCUCCGAAACCCCACCCCCACCCUCCAUCUCCACCCCACCCGCCUCCUCCCUUCCCGACCCUAAAAGCUACUACACCUCCCUCCAUCUGCUCUUCCUCCUCUCCUCCACCAAAACAUCCCCUACCAAUCCCUCCCUAGCAAGCCAAAGCGUCUCGGACGGUAGAACCGCACCUGAUCAUCUUACUUUCUGGACGACGUGGCAGAGUCUGGAACCUCAAGUUCGACGAUCGCCUUGGGUUCAGGGUGUGAGACAGCUCUCGGGUCUCUUGUUACGAGGCGAUUAUAUCGGAUUUGGGAGGAUCCUCUCCUCCUCAAUUCAAGGACCUUCGGAACAUCCCUCCAAGACCGUCUGGGAUCCCCUCCAACUCGUCCUCAUCGAACGCUUCGUCCCUUUCGUACGAACCAAGGCUUGGGAGAGGAUGAGCAAGAGUUACAAGCUCAAGUCGGAUUUGGAGGAUUGGGGUUGGUUGAGUAAGGUGUUGUUGUUCGAUUUGGAAGGAGCGGAAGGUGGGCAGGACGGGAAGGAGUGGUGUCGCAAGUGGGUGGAAGACUUUACGAGAGGCUGA